CACUAAUAUAUAUUUUACAAAAAAAAAAGAAAAAAAGAAAAAAAGAGUUUGAUUUGAACCACAAAAUGAGAGCAGCUCAAAAAAAGAAGGGAAGCAGCUCAGUGAAGAGAAAGAAAGAGAACUGAGCAACGAAGAAAGAGAGGAAGAGAAGAUUCGAAGAGAGAGGCAGAAGAACAGCAAAAAGAGUAGUGAAGAGAGGAAGAAACAGCAAAGAAAGCAACGAAGAGAGAGAGAGAAGAUUCGAAGAAGAAGGAAGAAGCGUACCUGGUUGAUUGUGGCUUCAAAUUAAAAAAUUUGCCGUUGAAAUUUGCCCUAAUCGCAAGCUUCAAAUUUGGAUCGCACAGAGUCGCGAUCCAGAAACGAUCCCACCGAUCCCAACGACCCUAGUACGAUCCCACCACGAUCUUGACAUGGAGUCGAUCCAAAGUGCGAGUUGGAUCGAAUGCUGUAUAUUGGGUCAUAGGAUCGUACGAUCUUACGAUUCGGAUUGCGAUCUUAACAACCUUGGUUGUAGGGUGUUAAUUGCCACUUUAUAAGGCAUUUAGCUGUGGAGAAGAAUCGAACGUUGCUCAUUAAACUAUACCCAGAAAUAUCGAAUUUAACCAGAGACAGUCCUCCAAUUGCAUCGUUUAUCAUUCGAGUGGUCUGCUCCAUGGGAGAUCGCAAGUCUUUGAUUCACCCAGAAAUUACAGACAAGAAGCUCAAGAAUAACGACGAUUUUGUUUGGGCAAUUGAGGUUCCAUUAACGGGGAAAUUCAUAAUUGACGUUGAAUUCCUUGAUUUGAAGAUUGUACCUUUAGAGGGUGGAGAACCUUGCUAUGAAAAAGAGGAAUGCAAAGGAGCAGAAUUCAAACGAACUUCAAACGAAUUGACCUUGAGCUAUGAACAGUUUGAUUUGUUUCCAGCCCUUAUUCUACAACAAUUAUAUCUUCUAGAGGCAUGCAUGACUGUAUUUGAAGAUGCUCCUGUUUUCCACCCAUCUGAAGAGGAAUUCAAAGACACACUUAAGUAUGUUGCAAGCAUACGACCACAAGCAGGGUCCUACGGAAUUUUUCGUAUUGUUCCUCCUCAUUCAUGGCAACCACCGUGCCUUCUUAAGGAAAAGAACAUAUGGGAAUGUUCCAAGUUCACUACUUAUAGUCAACGGAUUAAUGAGUUACAACAUUUGUAUUUAGAGAGAAAACUUCAGGGAAAUCAUGAGAAGAUGAAGGGAAAAAGGAGAAGAACUUUGGGAAUGAGCUUGGAAUGUGGAUCAGAUGAAGUAUUUGUCUCAGACCCUGAUAAAACUGGGCAUUAUAAUGAAGGCUUUGAGUUCAAACCUGGUGAAGAGUUCUCAUUAGAAACUUUUAAGAAAUAUGCAGAUGAUUUCAAAAGGCAUGAUUUUUGCAUGGAGGGCAGGGUUAUAGUGUCAGAUGAUAAUUCCUCCGUGUUUGAAAACCACUGGGAGCCUUCAGUGGAAAAUAUUGAGGGUGAAUACAGACCGAUUGUUGAGAAUCCAACUGAAGAGAUAGAGGUGCUACUUGGUCUUAAUCUGGAAUCUAAAGUUCUUAGAAGUGGGUUUACAGUAGUAUCAGAUUCAGCAGAGACAUUUAAGUAUCCUGAAUAUGAAGAAUCUGGUUGGAACUUGAAUAAUAUUUCUAAGUUGCCUGGUUCUCUUCUUGUUUUUGAGAGCAACAAGACUUCUAGCAUUUCGCUACCUCGGCUCUUUGUAGGAAUGUGUUUUUCAUCUCUUCUUUGGAAAGUUGAAGAGCAUCACUUGUAUUCACUGUGUUACAUGCAUUUGGGUGCUCCAAAAGUAUGGUAUGGCAUACCAGGACGAUGUUACUUUAAGUUUGAGGUAGCUGUGAAAAAGUACUUUCCUGACGUGUUAGUAGAAAAUUCUGGAUUGCUUAAUAAGAUGAAACCAGAAGAAGGGUCCAUCAGUCACAGGGUCCAGAGGGUGGCUAAAUAUCAUUUUCUAAAGGUUCUGAUGAACUUAACAAAUGACAACCCUAUGUGCUGUCAGCAAAUUGCUGCCUGUGGAGGACUGGGGAAACCUUGUCUUCAUUGAUUGCUGGCCACUUUCCAUCAUUCAGUUCAUCUUUGCCUCCCGUCAGCGAUAUAAGAAAUGAUACCUUGUUGUCCAAGUCUUAAGACAUUUGAA